AUGCGUUUCAACUACUUCCUCGCCGCUGCCGCUGUUGCGAACGCCGCCGUCAUUCCCCAAGUCCCCCAGACCAAGGACACUGUCAAGGAUGUCACCUCUGGUGUCAAGUCAACCGUCGACGGCGUCACUCUCCCCAAGGUCAACGCCCACGUAGGCCGCCGUGCCCAAGCAAACGUCGGCGCUAAGGUCGCUGGUGUUGAGCCCAAGGUCGGUGUCACUCUAGGACGACGAGUAAACACAGGCGCCAAGGUCAACCUCGAGGGCGUUACAUACGACAACGUUAACGUCACCGUUGACAAGGGCAUCAACCCCAAGGUCGGCGCCAGCGUAGGCCGCCGCGCCGAUGCCAGCGUUGAUGCUAAGGUCAACGCUUUGGGUCCCUUCACUGCUGAUGCUGCUGCCGGUGCCUCUCUCAACAAGCGACUCGACGCAGAACUUGAGGCAGCAAUUGACGCUAAGCUCGAGGCUCUCGGUGUCUCUGCCGAUGCCUCCGUCGAAGUCAAGCUCCAGGCUCUUGGCCUCUCCGUCGAUGCCUCAGUUGAGGCCAAGCUUAACGCUCUCGGUCUUUCUGUUGAUGCCGAUGUUGAUGCUAAGGUCAACGCGCGCCAAACGAUCCCUAACGUCAACGUCCCCAAGGUCGACGGACUUGUUGGCGAUGUCACUUCCGGUGCCACCAACGGUGUCAAGUCCACUGUCGACGAUGUCAAGGACAUUGAUGUCGAUGCUGAGGUCGACCUUGACAGGCGCCAGCUCCCCAGUGUUGACGGCCUCGUUGGUAACGUCAAGGAUGGUGUCAACGGCGUCAAGGACGGUGUCACCUCUACUGUCAACGACGUCAAGAACAUCGAUGCCCACGCGGAUGCUCUGGACAAGUCCGUCGACGCUGCUCUGACCAGGCGCCAGCUCCCUGACGUCAACGGUCUCGUUGGCGGUGUUGAGGGUGCCGUUCCUGGCGUCAAGGCUGUCGAGGAUGCCGCUACCCCUAUUGUCAACGAUGUCAAGGACAACGUCGUUGGUGGUGUUACUGGUGUUGUCUCCCCUAUCGUCAACGAUGUCAAGGACGGUGUCACCUCUGCUGUCACUCCCAUUGUCAACGGCGUCACCGGUGCUGUUGACCCUAUCGUCAAGCCCGUCAAGGACGCUGCUACUGGUGCCGUUAAGGGUGUCGAGGGUGCCGUCGCCCCUGUUGUCAGCAACGUUCAGGGCGCUGUUGACCCCGUUGUUAACGGCGCUAAGGGUGCCGUUGAGCCUGCCGUCAAGAACGUCACCGACGGUGCUCUCCCUGUUGUCAACAACCUCAAGGAUGGCGUCACCUCUGGUACCUCUCUUCCUCACUUUGACUCCAUCUUCUUCUUCGACAGCAAUAUCCCUACCCUGAGACUUGACAGUAUGGAUUCCUCGAGCGACACAGACAAGCGGCCGAUGUUCAACUUUGAGAAGUACUCGAACUCCAAAGUGCUAUCUGAUGUUACGAUCCGAUACGGCGCUUCGGGCGAGCUCAAGUUCGAAGCUCAUAGACUGCUGCUGAGCGCACAGUCCCGUUGGUUCGAGGCAGCUUUUACAGGAGGGUUUGCAGAGAGCCAUGCCAGAGAGAUCACUUUGGUUGGAGAUGAUCCCGAUGCUCUCAAAACUAUGCUCGGCUUCGCGUAUGAUCAACAGAUACGUAGAUGGGAGAGACCGCCGAAUGGUACUACCGUCAACAUCAAGCGCCUCCUCGAGCUUUAUCGUGUGGGCGACAAGUACCAAUUCCACACUCUCUUGGUCCCAGUUGCCUCACGGCUCGACAGUUGCAUGUAUGACUGGUUACGCAUGUCUGCAGAACCAUUUGACAAAGACAGUAUUGCGCGUUCCGAGUUUUGCAGCUUCGUCAGAGACAUCUACGAACUCGUCGGUCCAGAACAUCGACCCAGCCAUCCGUUGGUACAGAUCUUACUGGAACUAGCAACAGAUUGGCCGAACACAAGCGUUCUGAAGAACACAGGAGAUAAUCUACCCCUGAUAGUAACGGCGUCACAGAAAGUAGCAGAGUUUGGACGAGACAUAUUUCUUCACUUGAUGAACAGAACUGGACUCGCGGAAGCAAUUCAUGAUGGCGAGGCUAUCAAGUCUGAGUUGUUCAUAGGAGUCCGGCUCAAAUGUUGGGCUUGUUGCGUCGUCUCGUGGAUAGUGAUGAUGGACGUUGAAGAAAAGCUGCACAGGCUCACACAACAUAUACUCGCACUCGCUCCUUAUAUCGAAGCUCCCCACCCUCCUUAUCCACCUACAAUGCCCGAGACAACCAAAGUCGUGCCCCUCACCUGCCACGGUCACUCACGACCUGUGCCGCACAUCCACUUCUCGUCCCUUGUAGACGAAGAUCAAUACUACAUUAUAUCAGCAUGCAAGGAUAACAAUCCCAUGCUCCGCGACGGAGUGACGGGAGACUGGAUUGGCACCUUCCUCGGUCACAAAGGCGCAGUGUGGCAAGCGAGGCUAUCUUCUGAUGCCUCGUUGGCAGCUACUGCCUCUGCAGAUUUCUCUGCAAAGGUCUGGGACACUCACACUGGCGAAGCCCUACACACUCUCUCACACAACCACAUCGUUCGCGCAGUCGCAUUCCCCAACCAGCCCCAUCCCCAGAUUCUCGCGACAGGUGGCAUGGAGAAGAAGCUGCGCAUUUACGACCUUUCGCGCAGCGACGCGACGAGCUUCGAGAUCGGCGCAGGUGUCCACACUGGAACCAUCAAGUCGAUUGUAUGGACAUCUGACCCGAAUGUCAUAAUAACAGCAGCCGAAGAUAAGAAGGUGCGGUGGUGGGAUUUGCGCCAAGAGGCUACAAUUGGCGAGCAUGCCGUGGAAGGCACUGUUGGCUCCUGCGAGUUGGAUAACACCUCCUCGGACGGCAUCUUGAGCGUAGCCGCUGGAAACAGCGCGUACUUCUUCAACAGCCAGUCGCCCGGCUCACUCAUCAAGAGCAUCAAGACACCGUACGAGAUUGCCAGUGUGGCCCUGCACAACGGAGAGCGCAAAUUCGUUACUGGUGGUAGCAACCAGAACGACACUUGGGUCAGAGUUUGGGACUUUGACGAAGAGAAGGAGCUCGAGACCAACAAGGGCCAUCACGGACCUAUUUGGUCGGCAAGCUUCUCGCCUGACGGAAAGCUCUAUGCUACAGGCAGUGAGGACGGAACUGUGAAGCUAUGGAAGUUCACGUCUGGACCUUACGGUCUGUGGAAGUAG